AAACAAUGAGGUGCUCAAUACUCUACUCAGAUGUCACAUUCAGCGACACAGUAACGGCCUCCUCAUACGAAGGCGAACUUCUGGCAGCAAGGGAAUUUAUAGACGUAGGACUUGCACACGUUGCGAAGGUAGAAACAUGGACAGGCACAGCUGAGGAUCUGAGCUUGAUCACGGAUUCAAAAUCACUUACGGCACGGCUUAGGUCGAAAGCAGCGAUUGACGUACAGGAUGCUAGGGUCUAUAAGCCACUCGCUCUACUGAAAAAUCUGCACUCUCAUGGUCUAUUUGAGAUCGGGGGAGUGACAGACGAAUAUAACCUCGCAGACGCACUUACAAAGGUGCCGGCCGGCAAGAAGCUCCAACAGCUGUACCGGGCAAUGCAAGGCGGAGGAUGGACUUUUGCAAGGGGCGAGAUCGCAUUAUUCAGAAGACGUUUCGUAUGGGAACUUCCGCUGUCAUCAGACCAGAAGGAGUUGUCUUGACGAGGAUGGCAAGGAAUUGAGAGAUUUGAUUUUUUUACUUACGAGUUUAGUCUGAGCUUUUUAGAGCAGACAGAUGAAGAAGACUGACUGAGUGACCAUUGGAACAAACGACACUAACAGCAAACCUAUACGACAGACGUAGACGCAUAAAGUAUCGCAUGGUGAUACUAGAAGGGCCAGGGGUUCUACACGAGCGCUACGUUGUCGAUUUUUGAAAAAGUCACAUGGUGACUGUAAAUCGAGACCCAUAAUAUGAAAUGGGUAAUUCUCCAGGGGAGAAAUACACGAAGCCAGAACUUUCAUGGAGAGUCAUCGCGGAGCCAGGGGCUGCGCGCGGCGAAAGUGGUUGAUGGUCCACUGUGAAAAACCAUCAACGUGGUGAAGAUGAUGUAAAGAAGAAAAAUAACAUAUAAUUAAUGACGUAGCAAGUAUCUCAUUUUUAUUUUCAAUACCCCCCGGGGUGAUAAGAAAUCCUGCACUUGAUCUUUGAUUUCUACUGAAGGGGAAAAGUGAGAUCCUGAAAUCUACGAGAGUUCCUUUCGGUCACGGGAGUCAAGACAGCAGGAAUUGAAACCUGCUGUCUAACUAAAUGAGUUCAUUGAGACGAAAACUCGACGAGAGAAGUAAUUAAUCGAUCGAUCUAAUCUAAUUGUCUACUCGUUGAGAAGGAAAGAGAUCGAUCACAUUAUCGAUCUCUAACAUGAAUCAAAUCAUAACCAUUUCAUCAAAUGAAACAGUUUACAGGAAUGGAAAAAUAAAAUUUUAUUUUGUUGUUGAAAAAUCUUCCUCGCUGACGCUCAGAAGAUUAAGGUGUUCACGAACAACGACACAACGUUUACGAUCGUUUUUCCCCUUGAGAGAUCUCAACGUGUCCACUUUCAACA